AUGGCAUCCAUGGAGAAUGUGUUAUUCCUUUUUGUUGCUGCUUUCAGUCUUCUCAUCUCAAGCUUUGUUAUUCUUGUUGGAGCUCAAGGCAUUGCCAUAAACUACAGCUUGUUAGGAGACAACCUCCCCCCACCGAACGAAGUGGUUGGUCUCUUAAACUCCCAGAACAUCAAAUUGGUCCGCCUCUUUGACCCCAACCCUACCGUCCUUACCGCCCUCCACAACUCCGACAAUGCGGUCGGCACCAGCUUCCGCUACAUCACCGCUGGAAAUGAGCUCAUCCCCGGCGACCUUGCUGGUUACGUCCUCCGUGCCAUGCAAAACCUCGACACCGCACUCACCGCUGCCAACCUCAACAUCCCGGUCUCCACCGCCAUCGCUCCCAGUGUCUUCAGCAUAUCAUACCCACCUUCCCAAGACUGCGCCGAUAAGAUUUUCAAGUUUAGAUUCUGUGAAAGAUUGUUGAACGGUGUAGGAGCUCAAAGCAUUGGCAUAAACUACGGCUUGUUAGGAGACAACCUCCCCCCACCGAACCAAGUGGUUGGUCUCUUAAACUCCCAGAACAUCAAGUUGGUCCGCCUCUUUGACCCCAACCCUACCGUCCUUGCUGCCCUCCACAACUCCGGCAUUGCGGUCGUACUCGGCACCCUCAACAACGACCUCCAGACACUUGCAAAUGACCCAGCCUUCGCAAACACUUGGGUCCAAAACAACGUAAUUCCGCACGUCCAGGCCGGCACCAGUUUCCGCUACAUCACCGCUGGCAAUGAGGUCAUCCCUGGCGACCUUGCUAGUUACGUCCUCCAUGCCAUGCAAAACCUCGACGCCGCACUCACCGCUGCCAACCUCAACAUCCCGGUCUCCACCGCCAUCGCUACUAGUGUCCUCAGCAUAUCAUACCCACCUUCCCAAGGUAUAUUCUCUGAUGCAUCGUCCGCUGUAAUGACCAGCAUUUUAGGAUUCUUGGCAUCGAAGAAAACACCACUCCUUGUCAACGUGUACCCAUACUUUGCGUAUGCGAGCCAGCCGGAGAAUGUGCGGCUCGACUACGCGCUCUUCACGGCACCUAGCACGGUGGUCGUCGAUGGUGCGUUGGGCUACACUAACCUUUUCGAUGCGGUGGUUGAUGCCAUGUACUCUGCAUUGGAGAAGGCCGGUCAUCCGGAUGUCAACGUUGUGGUGUCGGAGACUGGGUGGCCAUCUGCUGGUGAUGCAACCGGAGCGACGAUGGAGAAUGCUAUGACAUAUAAUAACAAUGUGGUAGCGCAUGUGACCAGCAACACGGGGACACCUAAAAGGCCUGGGAAUGUGAUGGAGACAUAUAUUUUUGCUAUGUUUAAUGAGGACUUGAAGCCUGCUGGAGUCGAGCAAAACUUUGGGUUGUAUUACCCGAAUAUGACUAAAGUAUACCAAGUCAACUGCUGCGAGCACCAAACUGAUUGUUUUGCGGAGUUACGGUCGUCGCAAGAGGACGAUUUAUUUGUGCCAAAAAAUGGAGUAUGGGGUUAUUCCUGGAAUCAAACAAAAGAAUCUGUUUUCUUCGCCAACUGA